GACAGGAAGUCUACCCAAACAAAUCCGGAAUUUUGUGUGGAAACAGAAUUUAAAACUUUGAAAAUUAUCAUCAUUUCAUUGAUUAUUGAAGAUAUGUUCAUAUUUAAUUUAUACAUAGUUAGAUCGUGUCUAGGAGUCAAAAUGAAGAAUGAUUUUGAACCAUUUGUUUAAGAACAAAGAAUCUAUUUUUAGCAAAAUCAUAAGGAUUAGAGUUUCGUCUCAAAGCCACAAUUUGACAUAUUCAGCGGUCAAAAAACCGUUGAAUACAGAAUACAAUUAACAGUUUAAAUAUACAAUAGAAUUUAGCAGCUGAGAAAGUCCACGAAGACUAUAAAUACAAAGACUAUAAAUAUGUAAUUGACCAACUCCUGUAUGUCACAAGUUCAGGGAAGUCCCCAAUGUGAAAGGACAAUGAAAUGAUUCAUACUCCUAGAAAUGUACAACAGGAGUUUGACCUUAACAUGAGUUGGAUAAGAUUCCUUACAUAAUGUUAUCCCUCAAACUCAAUAUACCCUUGGACGUUAAACUUUUCAGUUACACACAGUAUCUGUCUACUUCAAAUUGUGUUAUCUUUGUUUACAUGCUUCAUAAGAUGUCAUCACAAAAUUUUAUCUGAUAAUUUUCAUUUUGUGUCAAUAUUUAUAGACAUUUAAAUAUGGCUGCAUCUAUAGAUCAGUUUGAAUACAUCAGGAAUAUUGGAAAGGGUAGCUAUGGAGAAGUUACACUUGCCAGGCAUAAACGAGACAGAAAACAAUAUGUGUUGAAGAAGAUUAACUUGAAAAAAGCUUCAUCACGAGAGAGGAGAUCUGCAGAACAAGAAGCCAAAUUGUUAUCUAAGUUAAAACACCCAAAUAUAGUGUCUUACAAGGACUCCUUUGAGAAAGAAGGAUUUCUGUAUAUUGCUAUGCAGUAUUGUGAAGGUGGAGAUUUAUAUAAUAAGUUAAAAGAACAGAAAGGGACUUUAUUAGAGGAAAGACAAUUAGUAGAAUGGUUUGUUCAAAUAGCUAUGGCAUUACAGUAUAUGCAUGAGAGGAAUAUAUUACACAGAGAUCUGAAAACACAGAACAUUUUUCUAACAAAGAGCAAAAUAAUCAAAGUUGGAGAUCUUGGAAUUGCGAGAGUAUUGGAUAAUUCUUCUGACAUGGCGACCACAUUGAUUGGGACACCUUACUAUAUGAGCCCUGAGUUGUUUUCUAAUAAACCUUAUAACCAUAAGUCAGAUGUCUGGGCACUUGGUUGCUGUGUGUAUGAAAUGAUGACACUAAAACAUGCUUUCAAUGCAAAAGACAUGAACUCCUUGGUCUAUAAAAUAUUACGAGGAAAGAUGCCUCCGAUGCCACGACAGUACUCACAGGACCUCGUGUCACUGUUACGCAGUAUGUUACAUCAAGAUCCGGGUAAACGGCCAACAGUCAACAGAAUUCUCAGGGACCCAUACAUCAAGAAAAAUAUUGCAAUAUUUCUUGAAGAAACUAAACAAAGUCGCCGACCAGCAAGUGCAUCAAGACCUCAGGUGAGCCGUCCUGGCUCCGCCCACUCUGUCUCAUCCGUAUCAUCGUCUUCAUCCUCGGUACAAGUCUCUGCCCGAUCUCGUAGUUCAGCUUCAUCACAACAAGGCAUUGAUGUCCCCGACAGUUCAAGGUCAUCUCUAGACAGUGAAAGGUCGCAGCCUGAGAGUUCAAGGUCAGUUGUUAGUGUGUCAAGUGUAGAAGUUGGUGCAGGAGAACCAAGUGUUGAAAAACAAACAGUACAAAAUCAUAGGAGAAAGCCUGCGGACCUUCACCCGAUACACGAAGGUAAGAUGGUGGUAGACCUGAAGGAGGAAGAAGACGGCUCAGACCAGGACACAAUAAAACAGGGAACCAUCAAACAGAAUAGUAGCAAAGAUAGUAAAGAAAAUAAAGAAAUAAAACAGAAAGAGGAACCACCACAUCCCAAGUCUGAUAGACAGCGUACACCAAGGUCAGCAAGAUCAGCUAGAAGUCAGCUCCCAGUACCAUCAUCAUCUCCCCCACGAGGUCCUAACAGGCGGAAAAAGAAGUCUAUUCUCUCAAAACAUGUAAGUUCGUCUUCGGAGUCGGCAAAUUCCAGGUACAGAAACAACGUAGCAAAAAGCCCAUCCAGUGGUUCAAAGAAAUCUUCAGCAUUCAUUUUUGAAAACCCAAAGCCAGUAGACAAUCCUCGUCCUUUACCUCCCCCACCUAAGGUUGAAGGGGAGGGACUUCCACAGCGUAGAAAUAAUUACCAGGAUGUUAGUGGUGAUAUUCGGUCAACAGAAUCAAAAUCAUCAUCUUCCUCAGGCUCAAAAGAUGACAAUAUUUCACUGGGAGAUGAAACACCUAGAAGUUUGCCAAACAUGUCAGCACGAGAGAAGAGGAGACGUAAUAAUAAUGCACAGUCAUAUGAUAGACCUCAUUCUGCAAGGAUAAGACUUGAACGACCGGAGAGUGCAAAGUCCACUGUGAUUACAGAAAGAGAGAAGAAAAGAUAUGAACAGCAGGCUCCACCAGCACGUCAUAGACAACCUUCUAUAGUGGAUGAUGACAGUAGCUCAUCAGACGAAGAUACACUGAAAGCUGUGGACUCUCAAAGACAACGAAAUAAACAACAACACAGGGGUUUACACUUGCUACGCAAUGGUGACUCUGCCCCAAAGCACAGAAAGCAUAUCAAUAGGGAGAACAAGGAAGUGAACAAUUUGAUCUCGGUAUUAGACAAUACACUACAUAUAGAUAAAGACGAUGAUGAGGAGGAGCUACAAGAGGUCAAGGUCACUGAAGAAACUCCUAGAAUACCAAAGAGUUCAUCCAUGCCAAGUGUAGAUACAUUAUGUAAUGCUGACAGAUUGAUGGCUAGAAUAAAAGUUCUGCAUGAGGACUGUAUAAAAGGUGUGGGAUGGCCUAUAUUGAAACAGGCGUAUGAGAUACUGGGGAGAAUAGAGGAGGACGAGGUGGAGCCCAAGUUAGUGACUCUGAUGGGUAAAGACAAUUUUGACUUGUAUGCUGGGAAGAUUUGGCAGUUGAAGUUCUGUGAAGAUAUGGCACGUAUAGGGAUUCCGUCCUAGCCACUAAUUACAUUUUCCUGAUGGUUAAGCUUCAUAACAGACAGACGCGCGGACAAACACCAGGUUACUUGGAGUAUAUUAUAGUAGAGUGUCUGUAAAGAAUGUGACAGUGAUGUAAUAGAAUGUAAUAGUUUCAUCUUAGGAUUUGAGAGUUACUCAAGUGAUGAAAGUUAUUAAUCUUGUGAUCAUGAAAUCUAGUAGGAUAGAUAUAUUUAGAAUGGAGAAUUGAAUUGCUCAUGUGAACAAGCAGCCUUUGCAGUCGAGUCAUUAAUUUUUAAAGCCGGUGAUGAACUGCUUUAAUGCCCUGAUCAGAAAAAUGCUGAUGUAGAAAAAAGUAGAGUGUACAAAGGAGUGAUUUCUGUGCAUGUCAUGAAAAAUUAGAUAUAACUUGUAUAAGUAUAGACCUCUGUAAUGAAAUAGAUAUAAACUACAGUGGUUUGGAAGGGGAUAGAAAUGUCAAUAGAAAGCAUGAAACAGUUGUUUUAAAAGGCUGUUGGCUGCAUACAGUAAAUACAUGUGAAUAUCUGAUAACUGUUACAUUUAUUAGUUAAUCAAGAAGAUGUCAUUGAAAUGUUUUGUUUUCUUUUUUUUUUUUCAAGAAAAAAUGUUAUUUACCUACUUACUGUCAUCUAACUGAAGUUAAUUUGAUUUACUGUUGUAAGUCUUUGUACUGGUAUAUUAUUAUACAUGUGGCUAUGUUGGUAAUAAUGCAGGCAUGUUGUUGUAUGCAAAAUGUGUAACACACAUUUGUGAACAUGAUGGGCAUUUUUCUGUUAACUUGCUCUGUGUAAUCAUUCGUGGCAUUCAUUUUACAGUAUUUUAUUUUCACAUUUUUGGCUCACCUGUCAAAAAGUGACAAGGUGAGCUAUUGUGACCGCUUGAUGUCUGUCGUGCGUCGUCAGUCGUACGUCAAGAUUUUUUAAAAAAACUUCUUGAAAACCACUGGGCAGAAUUACACCAAACUUCACAGGAAUGAUCCUUGGGUUGCCCCCUUUCAAAAUUGUUCAAAGAAUUGAAUUCCAUGCAGAACUCUGGUUGCCAUGGCAACCGAAAGGAAAAACUUUAAAUAUCUUCUUGUCCAAAACCACAGGGCCUAGGGCUUUGAUAUCUGGUGUGUAGCAUCAUCUAGUGGUCCUCUACCAAGAUUGUUCAAAUUAUCCCCCUAGGGUCAAAUAUGGCCCCACCCCGGGGGUCACAUGGUUUAUAUAGACUUAUAUAGGGAAAACUUUGAAAAUCUUCUUGUACAAAACCACAUGGCCUAGGGCUUUGAUAUUUGGUAUGUAGCAUCAUCUAGUAGUCCUCCACCAAGAUUGUUCAAAUUAUCCCCCUAGGGACAAAUAUGGCCUUGCCCCGGGGGUCCCAAGUUUUACAUAGACUUAUAUAGGAAAAAAAGUUUAAAAAUCCUCUUGUCUGAAACCACAACACUUAGACCUUUGAUAUUUGGUGUGUAGCAUUGUCUUAUGGUCCUCAAUCAAAAUCGUUCAAAUGUACCCCGGUGAAAAGGGCGCCCUGGGGGUCCCAAGUUUUAUAUAGACUUAUAUAGGAAAAAGCUUUAAAAAUCUUCUUGUCUGAAACCAUACGACCUAGGCUUUUGAUAUUUGGUAUAAUGCAUUGUCUAGUAGUCCUCUACCAAAAUUGUUCAAAUUAUGCCCCAGGGGUUAAAAGAGGCCCCGCCCUGGGGUCACUUAGUUAUUAUGUGAGUUAUAUAGGAAAAAUACUUAAAAAAUCAUCUGAUCCUAUUUCCAAGACUGUUUAAUUAUAAUUACCUGAUGACACCAAGCAGGGCUUCGGAAAUUUGCCGGUUUGUCGGUUUUGGACCGAUUUUUGACUUUUCAGACCGAUUCGUGAAGUGAAAAAAAACGAAAAAAAUCGGUCCUGUAAAAAUGGAGAAAAGUUAAAUUUCAGUCUGAUAUCUCAAUACACGAUCACCUGCCAAGCAGGAAAUAGUUGGUAGCACCCUCAGAUAAUCAAUAAACAUGUCAAACGGUCUGAUUGUCACCUUGAUAAUCGGUCCGUAAUUAGCAGUGCUCGUGCGGUACAUCCAUUUAUGUUUACAGAUAGCCGACUGCAAUGUAUUUAACAAUUUUGACUGGUUUCCAAAUGUUUCUGACUGGAUCCAAAUGCUUUAUACAGGGUUCCACUUCUUUUAUUUACAAUCCGACGGAUGGUUUAUUUCAAAACGCUAUGAUUAAUAACGGGUAAAAAACAAACGGUCACUGCAUUUAAUGAGACAUCACACGGGAAACCGAUAUAAAUAGUUUUUUUUAUAAUUACUUGAUUUGUAAAAAUUACAUGAUUCAUUAGUUGGGCCUCCAGUUGAAACAAGUACAGAAAAUCGUCUUUGCAACCCGACUGUACAAAAAAAAAAGAGAAAAAAAUGGACUGGCAAACACGAAUGAUAAAGAAAACCAGAGUGACACUGUUUAUCAAAUCGGUCUUUUAAAAAACGUUUCAAAAUGAAAUUUUGUUUACAUCAGAAGAGAACAUACAACUUUAUAAAAUGUAGUUGUAGUUGGAAGUACAACGCCAGUGAAGUGAAAUAUCCGUGGCCAACCUGCGUGACCUUUUGGUACUAUGCAUGCGGGAAAUUCAGUGUCAGCUUUCACAUAAUGUACACAUUUGGUCUGCGACAGAGUAUUCUUAAAAUACUGAGGAUGUUUGGCAGAGAAUAUGUAGGUUUGACACAUUGUAUUUUAUAAAAUUCCGUCAAAGAAAGAGGAAACAUCACAAAGUAUCAAUCUGCCGUGAAUACGGUACCGAAGUCACGUGCAUUGGCUUUUAGACUAGUUAAGUACACGGUUUCAAUGCCUCGGCAAUUUUAUCCCUGCAAGUAUUUUCUCGGAAAAACAUCGAAAUUUAAAAAAAGUAACAAUCACAUAUAACACUGAAUAACUGUCUUCAUUGUAUGGUAACUCGCGGUGACCGGUAAAUCAUUCUUAAUGCAUGACAUGCUUAUUUCUUUACUCUAUCACGUUUUACCAAUAUGGUAUAUUGGUAAUGUGGUGGGUGGGGUAGCGCCGAUGUCAUGAUUUUCGUUUCGGACCGAUUGAGUUCUCAAAAUUUCCGGAGCCCUGACCCCAAGUAAUAUGAUGCCACUUGACUGUGACCUUGACCUACUGACAUACUUUCUUGUUUUUUAAGAUACAGCCUUGAAAUUUUGAUGACUUACACAGUUUUGCACACAAAUCGUAAAACUGAAUUUCAUUGACCAUGAAUGUGACCUACUGACUUUCUUAAUAUAUUAUCAUCAUUUUGACAUUUGAAACAUGUAGUUCAUAUUACUCAGGUGAGCGAUCCAGGGUCAUCAUGACCCUCUUGUUAUCUUUUAACAUUUUUCAGUUUUUCUGUUUUUUGAUUGUUAAAGCAUGAUGACGUCACAGUCACUAUAUGUAAUAAAUGCUUUUAUCCUCAGGUUGUUUCAUUUAACCAGAAUUUAUCAGUCAGAGUUAGUGUUAGUUAAUUUGUCUUUUUUUUUCGUAUAGAAAGUAGUUGUGAUUGAUACACGGCUGUAUGAAGCUUAAUCAUCAAGAAAGUGAUUUUUGUUUUGCUGAAUGCAAGGCUUUUUUGCUUAGUGUGGAAAUGGAGUUAUUUCUCUGUAAUAAAUUAGAUAUAAACCAUAAUAAGCACUAAGGUUUUAUCUAUGUAUUAAUUAGCCUUCUCUGGAGUGAACAGUACUUGUAAACAUACAUUUUAAUCUUGAUAACUUGUCAGUGUCAUUGACCUAAUGUUAAAAUUUUCAAAUUCUUUUUAUUGAUCUUUAUUGUAGUUAUCUUAAAUAGAUUUGAGCCAAGCCAUGAGAAAACCAACAUAGUGGCUUUGCAACCAGCCUGGAUCCAGACCAGCCUGUGCAUCCGUGCAGUCUGGUCAGGAUCCAUGUUGUUCGCUUUCAAAGCUUAUUGCAAUUAGAGAAACCGUUAGUGAACAGCAUGGAUCUUGACCAGACUGCGUGGAUGCAAAGCCACUAUGUUGGUUUUUCCAUGGUGUGGCUCAUUUGAUAUUUUUGUAAAAGCAACAAAACAAGCAGUGUUGAUAAAAGUUGUGCUUUCAGUUCUUUCUAUAUUAUCAUAGUUGUGUUUGAACCUGUUAACUAAAAAUGGCUAAAACAGGAAGUUGUAUGAACAGCUAGAUGAGACGUAUUUAGUCCGCUCCAGUAUUGACAAGAGAGAUAAAUCAUGUACUUAUUGAAACUAUUAUGAAAUUGACAAGUGAUGUGACUACAUUUCUUACAAUGUUAUAGAAGCAGUACCAGUUUAAAUACCUCUGAAUUGUCUCAGAUUAAUACUAAAGUAGUUAGAAAUUUAAGACGUGUUACUAGAUGAUAAAUAUAGAUGUUGUUUUCAGGACAUUAUUGUAAUGUUAGAGGGUAAUGUCUUUUGAAAUUAAAUGUGAUAUAAUUUUUGUAUUAUAAGUAUGUAGAUGGAGCAGUCGUGCAUUUUGCAUUUUGUUUUAUCUGUGCGAUAUGCAUCAUUGUCGGAUUUUAACUUGUUUGUGUUAAAAGUUUGUUAACUUUUUGGAAAAGUUUUGAUUUCCAGUACUACAAAAUUUAAAGAAAUUCAAAGUUUGCUUCAGAAUAUUUUCAUGAAAUCAUGAAUGAAUUGAACACUGUGAUAUGUAUAAGCAUUCCGUCACAAUCUGUGGCUAAACCAUUUAUUGAUAGUUUCUACAAACUGUACAGUGCAGGUACUACUUUCAUUUAAUAGAACUUUGUAAUGUAAAAAUAACUUGAGUUAUCUAUAUACGUAGGAUACACAGGAUUCAGGUUAGUAAUUAGAAUUGAAUAAUUGUAGAAAUAGUUAGAGCAAAGAUAAAAUUUUGAUUCUCUACAUUUAGAUUAGUAAAGACAUUGGCUACUUAUGUUGUUUACAAGUCACCUUUAACUGGAAAAUUCAGUAAUUAUAUAAGUUAACAUUAAUUGUCGGGAUCACUAUAUUAGCGAAUUCUGACAAAUCUGACCUUCCUUCAUCGUUUUUAUACCAUUUUAAAUAUUCAAAGAUUUUUUACUAAUUUAUGUGAAAUGUUGUUAACCAGACUGUUAUCAGGUGGUCAGAUUGUUUGAAAUUUGAUAUCUGAUCAUUUACAAUUAUGUAUGUUACUGAAUGCUAAAUACGAGUUAGAUUUACACUUGUUUUGAUUUUUCUUCCCUGGUUGCCCAACAAAAUGUUUGAAUUAUCUGAAUAUAAGAGCAAUUGUACAUUAUUUAUCACAUGAUUCCAUUGACAAUUAUAGAUGUAGUCAAAAUUCAUUAUAAAUGCAAGUUGUUUCAGAUUUUAUUUACCUCUCUUUUUAUGUUCUUGGUUAUACAAUCAAAAUAGAUGGCAAAUACAACAUUUAAAUAAAGUUGGAAGCUAUAUACACUUUUAGUACUUGCACUUCAGUUAAGAUGGUUGAAUAGACCUAAAUAGAAAUGUAAAACUAGAAAUUAUAUUGAAAUCAAAUUUAAAGAAAUGCACAGCUCUUUAAAUACUUUUUUCAUAUUAAAGGUGAGUAAUUACUAAAUUCCUUUAAAAAAGAAACUCAGAGCACUGCAGACCUAGGGUAACUAGUGUAUGUUGCUCAUUCCCUUGUGACUUUGAGCUGUCAUUGUUUUACUGUAUAUAUUAGUGAAUAAGGUUAAGAAAUGAUAUAUCCCAAGCAGUGAUUUGUUGUUGAAUAAAAUCAUUAUUAUGUGCAAGGGUGUUACAUCACCAGGAUGCAACCUGAGUGAUCAAACGAUACACAUCUGAAUGACAAUAACUUUGUUCAAGAGCAAAUCACUGUUUGAGAUAUACAUUGUAUCAUUUUGAUUCUGACGUGUAAUCAAGAACUAAUAUGUACAUCCUUGACAUUCACCAAAUAUUUGACUGUUUUGUGUUGGUUUCUGUUCCAGCACACCACUUUGAUGUUUGAGGCUAUGACAAAGUAGUUGUGGAGUAAAAUAAGUGAAUUGUUGAAAAUAACACAUUAUUUUCAGUUGUCUUUGUUCAUUAGGAAAACAAAUCGGGAUGUGUUGAAAUUUGAUAUAACUGUGAAAAUUGUAAGGGCAGUUUAACAGUUGUUUUCUAGCUAUUGUGAUAUAUAGCAGUGUUGUCACUGUUAUAGACAAGAGUUGUAGGAUACACAAUUCAAGUGCACUUUGUAUAUAGUAGACACUUUUUUACUGAUCAUACAUACAUGAGGGUGAUAUAUUCUCAAAAUUUGGAUAUACAUGUACUUCGCUUGCUAGUUACUCGUAUCUGUAAAUGUCUACAUGAAUGCAGUAUUUCGUUUUCUUCUUGUAACAUAUACAUGACUUGAAGAAUAUGUAGGCAGUGUUUGUAAGAAAAUAAAAAAUUUCUCAUGUAUUAAAUUAGAAUUCCAUUGUAUGGUUUCAUAGGAACAGAGAAUCUGUAUUUCAGUUGUGUAGAUUCUAUCGCUCACCCUUCUAGGAUUAUUUUGUUGUUUUCUACUGAAACAUGUUUGUCCGUCCAUUUCAUCCUGCACUAUUUAUUCCCCCCCCCCCUUUUUUACUGCCAUGAACAUAUGUUUUGUUUUCUGUUGUUGCUGUUUUUGGUUGUGGAAUGCGAUUUAUGUCACUGUCCAGUAUAACUUUUCUAUUUAUUUAAAAUGACUAGUUUGAUAUUUACUCUCUUGAUGUGUUCAUUUUAGAACAAACUAUUAACAGCUUUUAGUUAAUUUGUGCCACGCCAUGAGAAAACCAACAUAGUGGGUAUGCGACCAGCAUGGAUCCAGACCAGCCUGCGCAUUCGCGCAGUCUGGUCAGGCUCCAUGCUGUUCGCUUUUAAAGCCUAUUGGAAUCGGAGAAACUAUUAGCGAACAGCAUGGAUCCUGACCAGACUACGCGGAUGCGCAGGCUGGUCUGGAUCCAUGCUGGUCGCAUACCCACUAUGUUGGUUUUCCCAUGGCACGGCUCAUUUAUAGAUUAUAACUCUGCCCUAGUAGCGUGUGACAGUUGUGAUACCGGUACAUCUUAUCUUUAUGUCUGUCUAUAGUAGAAAAAUGAGUAAAUAGGUGGUUAAUCAGAUUUUGGUCAUGUGAUGGAUUUGUUCGAAAAUUUAACAUCUUAUCAUUUAAACUUACUUGUGUUCUUUUUGUGUUUAAUACAAGUUAGAUUUUCAGAGGAGGUAUUUCUAAAAUCCUGUCCAGCCAAGAUGAUAUUAUUUUACCAGAAGUACAAAUGUGAUAAACGUACUUUACCUUUCGAAAGUUAUAAAUAUUAGAACUUAUAUAUAUUUGUUAAAGAUUUGCAUUAACAUUUCUAUAUUUAAAUGGAAUUCACUAGAAAUUCAAGUUUGAAAAAAUAUUUUUAUUAUCUCCCUUUGCCUGUCUUGGGUGUAUAACCAAAAUAAAUUAUUAAACUUUUGUCUUUGGGUACAGAUUGUUUGUUUUGGGUUUAACGCCGUUUUUCAACCAUAUUUCAGUCAUGUAACGGCAGACAGUUAACCUGACCAGUGUUCCUGGAUUCUGUACCAGUACAAACCUGUUCUUCGUAAGUAACUGCCAACUUCCCCAUGUGAAUUAUCAGAGGUGGAGGACGAAUGAUUUCAGACACAAUGUCUUUUAUCAAAUUGUCACGGAGAACAUCUUUUAUCAAAUCGUCAUGGAGAACAUCCCAAUACGAGUUUCAAAUAUUAAACUAGAUUCUAUAGGGACAGAAAAAGAAAUACUCCACUUGUUAAACCCUUUCAUAGUAAUUGGGGGUAAUUACAGUAUUUUAGAAAAACAAGAGCUGUCUCCAUAGGAUGACACAUGCCCCCGAUGGCACUUUGAAUGAAUAGCUAUGGCCGAUGUUAGAGUUUAGGACCUUUGACCUACGGACCUGGGUCUUGCUCGCGACACGUCGUCUUACUGUGGUACACAUUCAUGCCCAGUAAUUUUAAAAUCUAUGCAUGAAUGACAAAGAUAUGGACCGCCCAUCAAUGCACUAUCAUGAAAUAUGACCUUUAACGUCUAAGUGUGACCUUGACCUUUGAGCUACGGACCUGGGUCUUGCGCGUAACAUGUCGUCUUACUGUGGUACACAUUCAUGCCAAGUUAUUUGAAAAUCCAUCCAUGGAUGACAAAGAUAUGGACCGGACACGAAUGCACUAUCAUGAAAAAUGACCUUUAACGUCUAAAUGUGACCUUGACCUUUGAGCUACGGACCUGGGUCUUGCGCGCAACAUGUCGUCUUACUGUGGUACACAUUCAUGCCAAGUUAUUUGAAAAUCCAUCCAUGGAUGACAAAGAUAUGGACCGGACACAAAUGCACCAUCAUGAAAAAUGACCUUUAACGUCUAAGUGUGACCUUGACCUUUGAGCUACGGACCUGGGUCUUGCUGACAAGUCGUCUUACUGUGGUACACAUUCAUGCCAAGUUAUUUGAAAAUCCAUCCAUCGAUGACAAAGAUAUGGACCGGACAUGAAAAUUGCGGACAGACUGACAGACCGACAGACUGACAGACGGUUCAAAAACUAUAUGCCUCCCUUCGGGGGCAUAAAAAUGGUAAAACAUACAGUUUGAUGGGUCUUUUGUCUGUUUUAAUAAAUCCCUAAUUGAAUAUACAAAAAGUGACUAGUGUCAUAAAAUGUUGCUUAAAUGUGAUUGACCACCUUUAAAGCAUUUAAAUAUUUUAAUGUGGCAUAUUACAUAAUUUUAGAUAUAGAGACUUACUAUGGAGUAUAUCAGAAUUUCUUGAGAAAUAUACACAUUGUGUUCUGUACUGACUGAAUAUGAAUUGUUACAUUAUAUUCAGUGUAGGUUACCAACUUAGCAGUAUAUUUAAGUAAACUGUUUCAAAACAAUCAAAUAGCAUAUUUUGUGUUUUAGCUCACCUAAGCCAAAGGUGUCCGCCGUGGGUCAUGCGUCAGUCAACAAUUUUUGAAAAAUAUCUUCUUCAAAACCAAGAGGCAGAUUUCCACCAAACUUCACAGGAAUGAUCCUCGGGUGGCCCCCUUUCAAAAUUAUUCAAAGAAUUAAAUUCCAAACAGAACUCUGGUUGCCAUGGCAACCGAAGGAAAAACUUAAAAAAUCUGUCCAAAAUUGCAAGGUGUAGAACCUCAAUAUUUGGCAUGUGACAUCAUCUAAUGGUCCUCUAUGAAGAUUGUUCAGAUUAUUCAAAUUAUGCCACUGGAGUGAAAAGAGAUUCCCCACCUCCCCGCCAGAGUCCCGAGUUUUACUUUAAAAAUCUUCUUGUCUGAAACACAAGACCUAGGCAUGUCCCAAAUUUUACAUAUACUUAUAUAGGAAAGAACUUUAAAAAUCUUCUUGUCUGAAACUGCAGGGCCUAGGCUUAUGGUAUUUGGUAUGUUGCAUUGCCUAGUGGUCCUCUACCAAGAUUAUUCAAAUUAUGCCCCUGUGGUGAAAGAAGGCCCUACCUAGGGGGUCCCAAGUUUUACAUAGACUUACAUAGGGAAAAAAAUCUUCUUGCCUGAAACUGCAAGGCCUAGACUUUUGAUAUUUGGUUGGUUGUAUAGCCCAGUGGUCCUCUACCAAAAUUGUUCAAAUUAUGCCCCUGGGCUGAAAAGAGGCCCUGCCCUGGGGAUCCCAAGUUUUACAUAAACAUAUAUAGGAAAAGAAUCUUCUUGUCUGAAAGUUAAGGCCUAGGCCUUUGAUAUUUGGCAUGUAGCAUUGCCUAGUGGUUUUCUAACAAUAUUGUUCAAAUUAUGCACCCAAGGUGAAAAGAGGCCCCGCCCCAGGGAUCACUUGUAUAUUAGAUUCAUAGGAAAAAAUACUUAAAAUAUUAUCUGAUCAUAUUUCCUAGACUGUUUAAUUAUAAUUACCUUGUGACCCCAAGUAAUUAGGGGUCACUUGACUGUAACCUUGACCUUCUUGUUUUUUAAGAUACAGCCUUGAAAUUUGGUUGACAUGUACAGUUUUGCACACCGAUCUUAAAACUGACUUUCAGUGACCAUGAGUGUGACCUACUGACCUACUUUCUUGUAUUUUAAGAUACAGCCUUGAAAUUUGGAUGACAUAUACAGUUUUGCACACCGAUCUUAACACUGACUUUCAGUGACCAUGAAUGUGACCUACUGACCUUCUUUCUUAAUAUUUAAGCAUUAGUUGGACAUUUGAAACAUGUAGCUCAUAUUACUCAGGUGAGCGAUCCAGGGUUAUUAUGACCCUCUUGUACUGAAUUUGUUUCAUAUCAAGGACAUUAAGCUGCAAAUUAUGGUAUUUAAACAUGCUCUGAAUGACAAAAUUUCAGAUAAUGCUCACGUUAUUUGUACAGCUUAGUUAUUAAUGGAUUUAGGAAAUAAAUUAUGUAUUGUAUCAUAGCUCGGUGUUUUUUCUUAACAAAUUUAGUAAGGUAAAUCAUAUACACUGAGUGCAUGGUGCGGUAACUAAAAGUGUGCAGGUAUUAAAUACCCGCACGCUAGUUACCGCACUGUUGGAUAGGAAAGUAUGCCAGGAACAUGUAUUUUAUUGAUUUUCUGCUCUCCCAUUGGUUUAAUUUACCUGGGCUUUACACAUUUGUAAAGCAAGGAUUUGAAGUACUCACUGAACUGCUGUAUUUGGCAAUGUGAAACACCUACUGAACUACCAUAUAUGGAUGGCUAUGAUACAAAACAGAAAGAACAUUAAAGCUCACAGGUAAACGAUUUAUACUCGAGGUGGGGGUGGGGGUGUGGAGCUAUGCCCCCUCGUACAAAUCGUUUACCCUCGAGUUUCAAUGCUCUUUCUAUUACUGAUACAGGUUCUUAUUGCUUGUUAUAAUACAUGUUUGAUCAGUUAAGAGUUGAGAAGUUGGUGUAUAUGUAAUAGAAAGAGCAUUGAAACUUGAGGGUAAACGAUUUGUACGAGGGGGCAUAGCCCCCGAGUAUAAAUCGUUUACCCGAGAGUUUUAAUGUUCUUUCUGUUUUGUAUCAUAGCCAUCCAUAUAUGGUAGUUCAGUAGGCGUUCCACAUUGCCAUAUACAGCAGUUCAGUGAGUACUUAAAAUCCUUGCUUUACAAAUGUGUAAAGCUCAGGUAAAACAAACCAAUGCGAGUGCAGAAAAUCAAUAAAAUGCACGUCGCUGUCUGCUGUUAGAGACACGCCCAUACAUGCUCGCAUACUUUCCUAUCCAACAGUGCGGUAACUAGCGUGCGGGUAUUUAAUACCUGCACACUUUUAGUUACCGCACCCUGCACUCAGUGUUUACGAUUUACCUGCACAAAAUUUGUUAAGAAAAAACACCGAGCUAUGAUACAAGUGUUGUUACCUAUGUUCUGUCUGGAGAAGUGUGUUUAUGUUUGAUCUGUACGUGUGAUUUGCAUUGUUUAUUGAUUAUUAUGUACAUGUGUUAGAUGUCUACCAGUCACAUUAAAUUAUUUCUACUGUCA